GUUUCCUACAAGGACACAUCGAGGAAGGAAGAGCAGGCAAAAAGUAACGCGACACGAAAGGCUCAGAAACGUCGAGCCAAAUUGGAUCUACCCGUGGACGCAUAUCAACCACCUUGUACUUGUCAUUUGUAUCGCGAAAUGCGACCAUCGUUACGAGACCGUAUACGGCGCUACUUCACUAAACCUGACUAUCUACCGGCAAAAAUCGAUUUCUAUGCACGAUUCUACGUACCGCUCGGCUUUCUCGCAUUCAAUGUCAUUUACUGGACGUCUUGUAUAAUGAUGGCCUCAAAAAUGUAUCAUAAUUAAUUAAUGCGGCAAAGCGUGUCUUAUAUCUACUUGAAUUUCUAGUCCUUCGUUAUUGCUCACUUUUUCUGACAUGGUC